AUGUCUUCGGGUGCUGAAACUCAGCUGGAUGGCGUUUAUGUCGAUCUUCAGGAAGCUCUUGCACUGAGAGAGAAGUAUAUCGGAGUUGAUAUACACGAUUAUUCUCGGGGAAGUCGUCGGUCGAUCGAAUUGUCGCCCAACAUUCGUUACAUUUCGCCCAAUAAUAAAGUCCCUGGUUUCUUCACCCUUGAAGAGGGAGUAUAUCGCAUUCACAGUGACACAGUUAACCCGUCUCAGGCGGACACGACAUUUGAUAUACCAAGUUUAAUGGACUAUUAUGAUGAUAUGAAUACACUAUUCAGGAUACGUACGUCUGGUCCGACUGCUAGCUUUGCAUUUUUGCGGCUGAGAAUGUUGGAAACCAAAUUCGAGCUCUAUGGCAUGACAUGCUCUGAACAGGAGAACGUUCAAUGCGGAGCGAUCCCCCAUCGUGAUUUCUAUAACGUCAGAAAGGUCGACACGCAUAUUCAUCACUCGGCUGCUAUGAAUGCAAAGCACCUGUUACGAUUCAUCAAACGUAAAGUGGCCAAUCAUGCUGAUGAUGAAGUCCUGCCAGGCAAAACGCUCGGCCAGGUAUUCGAUCAACUUGGAGUGAAACCUCACGACUUGUCAUUGGACAAGCUAAACGUGCUUGCAGACAAGAGCACUCUGUAUAGAUUUGAUCGUUUCAAUGCGAAGUAUUCACCGCUCGGCGAGCCCAUGUUACGUACGAUCUUCUUGAAAACUGACAACUUCAUGGGUGGCCGUUAUCUAGCCGAACUCACCAAGGAGCUCUUGGAUGAUCUGAAGGACAAUAAAUAUCAGAAUACGGAAUGGCGUCUGUCGAUAUACGGCCGUUCGAAGGACGAGUGGCUCAAGCUCUCACGUUGGGUCCUUAAUCACGGUUUGAUUCACGAGAACAACCGAUGGAUGAUCCAGAUCCCACGACUGUAUUCAAUAUACAAGAAAAAUGGAGAAAUUCAAAAUUUCCAAGAAUUUCUGUCUAACAUAUUCGAGCCGCUCUUUGCGGCCACGUUUGAUCCCCAGGGGCAUCCGGAAGUCUACAAGUUCAUGGACCAAGUAUCGGGCUUUGAUACUGUUGACGAUGAAUCGAAAUCACCGAUGCCAAAUGACCGCAACUUCUCGAGCCGUCAGCUCACUCCUGAUAUGUGGGAUCUUGUGGACAAUCCAAGUUACAAAUACUACAGUUACUACAUCUACGCGAAUAUCAGAGUGCUCAACAUGUUGAGGGAACACCGAGGGCUGCGGCCUUUUGAUUUCAGGCCGCACUGCGGUGAAGCUGGCGAAAUACAUCACUUGGACACGGCCUUCUUGCUUGCUAGUAACAUCUCCCAUGGCAUCAAUCUCAGGAAGAGCCCUGUUCUGCAGUAUCUCUUCUAUCUGGCUCAGAUCGGAAUCGCGGUUUCGCCGUGUUCGAACAAUCAGUUAUUCCUGUCAUACAAUAAGAACCCCUUCCCGGCGUUCUUCGCGAGAGGGCUCAAUGUUAGUCUCUCUAGCGAUGAUCCGCUUAUGUUUCACCAGACCAGAGAGCCACUGGUCGAGGAGUACAGCAUUGCUAAGCAGGUGUGGAGGCUGAACUCAGUUGACAUGUGUGAAAUCGCGAGAAACUCGGUUUUGAUGUCUGGAUUCCCCGACAACGAUAAGAUCCAUUGGGUCGGGUCACUGGACCGAUCCAAGAACGAGGUGGAAAAGACGAACGUUCCUAGUAUUAGACAUAAGUAUGAUAUAUUCCAAUUUUUCGGUGAGCGCCCUAAAGGCGACUCGCUCAUGGGCUAUGCUGAAACGCAGUUCUUAAGGCAAUACACACGCAUCGGUAAGUGGCCGGACACUGUUCUGUAA